AUGCUUAAGAGAUCGAUUAUAACAUUUGGCACUGCAGUAGCGAGGCGCCCUGUGCUAAGGCCCUACGCCGCCUGCGUCCGCGCCUUCAGCAGGCUCCAAGUGAUCCCCACCGCGCGCGGUUUCGCGUCGGGCCCGGGGUCCACCGAUGGCCAUGAAAUACCGAAAGAAGUUCUGGAACUCAGCGCCGAUGCUUACCACAUAUCCUCGGACGCAUUCCUAGAUUCCUUGCAGGAACAGCUCGAAGAGCUGAGCGAUGCCUACCCCGACCUUCUUCCCGACGUCGAGCUCACCCAGGGCGUGAUGACCUUAGAGGUUCCUGCUGUCGGCACUUACGUGAUCAACAAGCAACCUCCAAACAAGCAGAUUUGGCUCUCCUCGCCGGUCUCGGGCCCUAACCGUUUUGACUUCUACAAAAAUCGCUGGAUCUCGCUACGUGACGGCCAAGACCUACUGUCCCUUCUUAACAUAGAGCUGAGCGACGUUCUGCCAAAGCCCGUGACCAUAGAGGCCUAG